CGCUUCUGAAUCAGAGAGAAAGGAUUUGUUGUCUGAACUUGAAUUGAUGAAACAACUUAAACCUCAUCCUUACGUUAUCAAACUCCUGGGAUGCGUUACCAAGUCUGAGCCACUGUUGGUGUUGAUCGAAUAUGUUCCUUUUGGGGAUCUGCUGGGUUACCUGAGAAAGAGCCGUGGAUUAAAUGAUACUUACUACAAAGACCCGGAUAUCAAACCACAAACAAAUCUGACCUCACAGCAGCUGAUGAAGUUUGCUUGGCAAAUCGCUGAUGGAAUGUCCUAUUUGUCAUCGAUACCAGUUAUUCAUAGAGAUCUUGCAGCUCGUAAUGUGUUGGUUGGAGAAGGGGAAACGUGCAAAGUGACGGACUUUGGAAUGGCCAGAGAUGUGCAAGAGGACAACAUUUACGAAAAAAAAACUAGGGGGCGUCUCCCUGUAAAAUGGACUGCCAUUGAGGCGUUGCUUUACGGAAAAUAUUCUACCAGGAGUGAUGUGUGGAGCUACGGGGUUCUCCUCUAUGAGAUAUUCACGAUUGGUGGUUCACCGUAUCCAAGGAUGGAUGGAAGAAAAAUUGCAAACUUACUUCAAGAGGGAUACAGAAUGCCUAAACCACAACACGUAGAUGAUAAGUUGUAUGACAUAAUGAUAAAAUGUUGGAAAGACGACCCUAAUUUGAGACCAUCUUUUGAGAAGUUGAGGAACAAACUCAAAGAAAUGGAAAACCGGCACAAGGGACUUAUAAACUUAAAAAAUUACGAUGAUCGACUCUACGUUAAUGUCGACGAUCUUGCGUUGUGAGCAAGUGAUUUCUCCUACAGGAAGGGAUGGAGUUAUU